UUUCAAAGAGUUAAUAUGUUGGUGGCUUGUCUUUGCCUAUUUAUCAUCAUAAAUACUGUGAUUCAAAGGGGGAAAGUAACUUCAUAAUGACCAAAUAGUUUUUGAUAUCUGGGCUAUUCAAAUAUAUAAUUGAUUUUAUUAAGGCUACGAGAUUGCUUUGAUAUUGAUAUAUCCUAUACUAUUAUAUGAAAAUAUUUAAAAUGUAGCCGGUCCGCCAACAUAAAAUUUUGUAUACUUCCUUUAACUUGUUGAAAACCCGGCUCAGCUUCAAUCGAAAAUGCAGAUGCAAAUGUGGAGCGACUGGUGCAAAGCGAUGUUAUUUCGUUAUUUCAGUGACAGAGGGGACACACACACACACGCACACACACAUUAAGCUUCACUCACUGUCACACCAGUGUUUCAUGUUUAACGUGUCGUUAACGGCAGACACACAGCGGCUAUAAACUACCAUACGGUGAGUCAGCGCAGCCAUUAAUGUUCAAACUCACCGGCUGUCAGAAAAAAACUGGCUACAAGCGGAGGUUGAUGAUCUCACGGCGGUUACACAGUGCGGGAAAUUAACGUUAACUCAACCGCCCCCUUGCUCAACGGAUUUUUCAACGGCUGUUUUUUUUUUUUUUUUUUUUUUUUUUUUUACCCACAGUCAUGUGAUUGUAACGUAAAACCCCUAACCGGAAAACAACGACGGACGACCCUCUCCGCCGCCAACGAAUGCUGCGUUUGCGAGGAACAGUACGAGCUGCUGCGAGCCCAGAGAGGACGGACGAGUCCCCGGUAACAAACAAACAACGGCGACACGGCAAACUCCACGGAUUUCACCCGAGCGCAGGUUGAAGAAUGGAGUUGGCCAACCAUGGUCUUAUCCUGCUGCAGCAGCUUAACGCUCAGAGGGAGUUUGGCUUCCUGUGCGACUGCACCGUGGCUAUCGGAGAUGUCUUCUUCAAAGCCCACAAAGCUGUCCUCGCCGCCUUCUCCAACUACUUCAGAAUGCUCUUCAUCCAUCAGGACAGUGACUGUGUGCGCCUGAAGGCUGCUGACAUCCAGCCAGAUAUCUUCAGCUACCUCCUCAACCUGAUGUACACAGGCAAGCUCGCACCCCAGCUGAUAGACCCCGCACGGCUGGAGCAGGGGGUCCGAUUCCUGCACGCCUACCCGCUCUUACAGGAGGCCAGCCAGUCCGUGUAUUCACACGCUGAGCAGCACAGCAUCAACCUCUCCACCUCCCUCUACGGCAUCCAGAUCUCUGACCAACAGGUAGGGCUGUCCGCUAGACUGCCCGCUCGACGGCAGCUCUCCUCGCCUUUCGACAUGGAGCAGCUGAGCUCAGAGGGGAAGUAUCCGUCCACGCCAGCCACCACGGCUCCAUACGCGAAUUCAUUACUGUCCAAGAUGGCUUCUUCACCACCGGACGCAGAGGCCUCAACCAGCGGCACCAAGCCUACAGUAGACGAGGCGGGGAUGGACUUGCUAAGUGCAGAUGGUUCCUCAGCAAGCGCCAUCCUCCACGUAAAGCCGAGCAUCAUGAAGAGGAGCUCCUCCUUCAGGAAGCAUUACUCCUGUCAUCUGUGCAGGAGUCGAUUCACCCAGAGGAGUCUGCUGAGAGAGCACCUCCUCCAACACAACCAGGCGCUGCAGGCGCCAGCUGAGCCCAGCAGUGACCUCUCACCUGUCAUGGCUGGAGAAAACAGCAUGCUCGAGUUAGAGGGCGCCCUGAAGGGAAUGAAGGCGGGGUCAAGUACCUCGGCCGCCACCACAGCGGUGGAGAUUAUCAGCGACAGCGAGCAAACGCCUGUUUCAGGCACCAACUCGGACUCUCCCCGAGCUGAGGUGUCCACAUCCAGCUGGGGGGCGGGAGGAUUAAACUCUCAGGCAGACACGCCGCCUCCGUCAGACAUCGCGGACAUCGACAACCUGGAGAGCGCUGACUUGGACAGGGAAGUAAAACGGCGGAAGUACGAGUGCUCCACCUGCGGGCGCAAGUUCAUCCAGAAGAGCCACUGGCGUGAACACAUGUACAUCCACACGGGCAAGCCCUUCAAAUGCAGCGCCUGUGGCAAGAGCUUCUGCCGGGCCAACCAGGCGGCCCGCCACGUGUGCCUGAACCAGGGCGCCGACACCUACACCAUGGUGGACCGACAGAGCAUGGAGCUGUGCGCCGCAGGCGAUGAUGCCAGCCAGAUGGAGGCGAUGUUCAUGGGCUCAUCGAAGCCUUACAAGUGUAACAUUUGUGCGACCACCUUCUCCAGUCCCAACGAGGUGAUCAAACACUUGUGCUUUACUCAAGGGGGGUUAGUGGGGCUGCAGGGGAGCCCGGGCGCCGGGAUGCUGCUGCAGCGUGAAGAGUUUUCCAAAGACGAAGGCUCUGAUUUGUCCAACUCUGGCACCCCACUGGAACCCAUAAAGACUGAGGAGAUCCUUGUAGAGUAGUGCCAAAACUGUCUAUUUGUCUUUUUUUAACAUGUUUGUUUACUUUCUAAAUUAUGGCCAAAGGAUAUAUUUGGCAUUUUUCAACCAGGACCCUGUUUUCCCCAUAUAUUCAUGUCUAACUGACUGAUGUGAACAACAAUUUUUGAAAUUGGGCCAAUAUUGAAAGGGAGGGCAGCUGCUGUGCAACGAUGAAAACAUAAGGAGCAAUUGAACCCGGCCACAGUAUCUCCAUUAAAAGUGGUUAUUUUUCACAACAGACAGGCUCAGAUUGUAAUUUUAGUGCCUGAAGAAUCUCUUCACCUGUUGCUUGAUCCUGUCUGUUUGUUGUUGUCUCAUCAAGUGGAAGUCUCACUCUGAAAUCUCUCAAGAUGUGACUUGUUGCAGGAAGACUUAGAAAUGUGAGCAAAAGAAAGAGUAACCAGAGCUUGUUCACCCUCUCUCUCUCUCGCUCUCAUCUCGUCGUUAAUUGCAGAGAAUAUUUUUGUCUGGUUACACAUCUGUUGGUUUAUUUAGCUUUUUUUCUGUUUGCUGCGCACCAUUCGGGUUACUCGUCUGGUAAGAGAUAGCCAGCAAAUGUUAGUGAAGCCACUGAUUCUACAGUUAGUGUCAAAAAUGACCCAACAUCGCUGCUGUGGAAACAUUGUGCCCGUCCUCCAGGCUCCCUCCUGCCUGCCCCUUUCAGUAAAUGGCUCAGUUUUGAGUUACCUUACAUAGUGAGCGAUGCUAAAAGACUUGUUUUCGGUCAGAAUGUAGCCGUUUACUCACCGGGGUGAUCCGCGUCGGGAGACUGGAGGGUGGUUUCAGUGUUCCUGUAGCAAUGUGUUCUGGCACCGUGAAGGCCUUCCCAGUUGAUCACCCAAUGAGCGUCCUUGAUGCUGCUGGCCGGCAUCAACAUGUGGAAUCAAGAUAUUUACGUCACAAAACAAACUGUCACCACCUCUAAAUAGAAAGUGCUGAAAUGCAAUGCUAAAGCUUACGGAGGCAAUGACGCGUCUGACUAAAAGGAAAAGGCUUCACUUUUUUUCCUCCCCAGUUAGUGACCAGUUAGUGGGUGUCAGGCUAUUGAAAGCAGAAGAAACUGGAACUGACGUCCUUAGUAGGCGCUCUUCAUCCAGAUACUCCGGCUCAAAUUAAUAAGCUCGGCUAUUGAAUCCAAAGGCCUUUUUCCACAGUGUUGAAAUCAGCUAAAUAAUCAUUAGGACAUUAAAAAUCUGUAACAUAACAUCUUCUGUAAACAAAUCUGGUUACUUCUCUCUCCAGCUCACAUUACCGUUUUUUGUCUACGUGCAGCAAGUCUCAUCUUGUAAGAUGUGUAAGAACGCCACUUACAAUAACAAUCUGAGUCUGUGGCAAAAAAAACUACUUUUAAUUGAGAUACAGUGAAGGUGCUCAGUUGCCCCACAUGUUUACAUGACGGCCAUUUGCUCGGCUGAUGCCCUCUCACUCAAAACUGGACCAAUUUCAAAAAAUGUUUAGUCACUGAGACACAGACAUGGGAAAAAAAGGGCCCGGGCUGAAAAAUGCAAAUCUAUCCUUUAAUAGUUAAGCUAAAGGUGAAGUUAGUCAGGGUAUGUAUGUAUGAGGUUCUCAGUCUACUAAAAACUGUUUUUUUUUGGGGGGGGGAGUACAGUAUUUUGGACUUUUUUGGCCCUGAGUAAGACAAAAAGUGAAUAUAAAAGUAAAGUAAGUAGUGCUCUAGAAUUAAGUCAACAUCAUUAGAAAAGCAAAUAACAUUAACAUUAAACCCGAGACUAAGUUAAACACCAAUGAGGGAGAUGAAGUCACUAUAACUUGUUUCAUGUCAUCAUUUUAUUGUCUGUGCACAUUGGAUUUAGACUCUCACAUGUCGUGUCGCACCACAUUGUUUCUUCUAAAGAGCUAAAGUUGCUGCGCAGGCAGACUUUGAGUAUAAGAGGAAGAGGAAGCUGAGGCAGUUCCGGAGGACGCAGUGUGUUGUGAGAUGAGUUUGCUGUGCUAAAUUUGAGGAGGAGAAAGUUGUGAACUAUUAACAAUCCCUCUGGAGCUGCACAGAGGAGCUGUUUCUUCUUGGUCAUAAGUGAGAGGCUUAAUCUGCAGAUCAGUCAUGGAUUAUAAUUUCAGCUAAAAGCACACAAUAUAUUCAGACCUGAGACAAUCUGACCUGAUAUGCAGGGAAAGUACAUUCGUCUUCCACUCAUGUUUCAGUUGGCUCUUGAAUUGUUAAGUGCUGACCAUAAUUUGCAUCCUUUGCAGUUGUUUUAUUCUGUGUUUUGUUUCCUGUGCUAAGUGUGAUUAUAGUUCCUAUGUCAUUACACCAAAUUAAAGCACAAUUUGCUCUUCAUAACACCAGUUUGGCCACAGUGAGUUACAAACAACAAGCAAAAGUAUUCAUUGUGUUUAUAGUUGAUUUCAUUUUUUACUCUUUGGUUACUGAUUGAAGAAGCAUCGUGCUCCAUUUAGACACACAAAGCUUGUUGGAAGGCUGUCCUCUAAAUCUUGUCUCAGAGUAAUUUGCUUCAGUCUACUUAAAAAAAGCCCUUCAUUUUUGCUCGCCAUGCUUUUCUAUGUUCAUAUACAAUGCUAUAUUUACAAAGAUUAUAUUGCAAAGGUUUAUAUAUAUUAGUAGACAAAUAGCUCUCAAAAUAGGAUUACAUUUGGCUUAGGAAAAGUUGAUAUAUUAGGGAUGGGCAUGACAAAUGUAUAGUUAAUUUCUUUAAGAAAUAGGUAAAAAGGAAAGAUUGUUUGGGAUUUUAAGUCUCCUCUCCUCAAAUUUGUGCCAAUUGCUAACCUUAUUAAUUUUUUGCAAAGGGAAAAAGUUUCUCUGUACUGUUAAGAACUUUGGACAGUUAGAUGUUUUUUAAAAAAUCAGAAGUAGUAUUUGCAACAGUGGUCAUUUAAAGGAAAAUAUUGUGAAAGAAAGUAUGCAGGUGAACAUGUUGAACUAUAUAUGAUGAAGAGUUAGUGGAGGUCAUAAAACUCAGGCAGUGAGAGGUAGCUUUAAUAACAGGGUGGCAUCUCUUUAUGUAUGGAUAUUAAAAAAAAUAAAUUAUGACUAACAAUAACCAAUUAUUUGGGAUGACACAUAUACUUCCUAAAAACUACUGAUGACUGGAAAUUGUGAAAAAUCUUUACAUUUCAUGUCAAUGUGAAGAAGUUUUGUCUUGCUGAAGCACACAUAACAUCAAACACGUUUGGGAUCUAAAUGAAAAAAUAUGCUCCUAUAAGGCUGAUGUGGUCAGGUUUAAGCAAAUUUAAAAUCAUUGUCUUUGUUUAUUUUUUGUUUCUACAAUUUUGAAUAUUAUGAAGAAUGCUAUAUUAGGGAGGCUUGUAAAACUGUCUUAACAUUGUUAUUGUUUCAUCUAGUGGAAAAUAAAUUCUUCAUUGUAUUGUUACUGCAACAACAUUGCCUUUUUUGCUGCAAAAACGAAGCAAUCUGCAGGUCUUUUCAUUGUUGAAUCAUCUGUCGAUUACUUUCUUGAUAACCGGAUUAGUUGUUGGUCUAUAAAAUGUCAGAAAAUGGUGGAAAAUGCUCAAGAUGACAUCCUCAAUUGUCUUGUUUUGUCCAUAAGCCAACAAUAUUCAAUUUGAUUACAAUUGAGACGUAAAGAAACCAGAAAAUAUUCACUCGUAAGAAGCUGGAAUAGAGAAUUUUGAGGGAUUUUAACUUCAAAAGUGACUCAAGCUAAUUAAACUAUUAUCAAAUUGGUUGGCUAAUAAUUGAUUGACAACUAAUCAAUUAGUUGUUGCAGCUUUCAUAAUAAUAAUACAAUUUGCAAUAUCACUUUAAAACUGAUAAGAAGUUAAUUCAUGUGUGUUAUAGACAGUAUUUUAAAUGUAGUCUUUGGAUUUAUUGAAUUGUUUCCAUCUUUUUUAAUUAAUCAAUAUAAGAAAAUGCCCAUCCCUAGUAUGUUUAAUAUGCAUAUUUGUUUUUGUUUUUUUGUUUGUUUGUUUUGUUUUGUUUCUUUGAGACAGUUUCACCCAGCCUGAUUACAGUAAGGAUGAGGCCCAGUUCCAAUUUGGUAUAAAUGGGAUUUUUGUAAAUCCUUCAGUACUAAGUAUUGAAAACAGUUGCUGUCGGGUGCAGUGAGCCCAGCGUUUCGCUAGAUGGAGCUGUUUUUCUUUUGUCUACUCAGGUCUAGUGAGGAGGAAGGCUGUCAAAUUUGAAGUAAUAUCUUGACCAGUGUUGUGUGGUGUUGACCUUGUUUGACAUACAUCAAUUUGCCAUCACAUUUUGGUUGACAUAAACACAAAUGUCUGAAUUUAAUUGAAAAAGUGUUUCGCAAAAGCCAACGGAUAGAUUCUUGUUUGUGUCUUGAUUCAAGCGUCUUUUGUCCAGGCAACUGAAAUGCUGUACUACUGACGUUCAUUUCUCAGAGCUCAGCUGAUGCACAGAAACGUGCACAGCUUUAUGAAAAGUCUAAAUCCUUCCUCAGUUUGAGUUGUUUUCCUGCCACACCAGUCUUGUAACUUAAUGGUUGUGUAUGUGUGUCUUUAAACGUCUCAGGAAGAUGAGAAGUUUGACAUUGUCUAUUCUGUCCACUGAUGUUUAUUCAAACAAUAGCUUCAUUUCAAGCUCAUGAUCCCGCUCCCCAGCGCCUGUCUGACAUCUACUGUGAUCAAUCUGUGUUCUCAGGAAUGUGAGUAAUUUUCUGUAUGAAUAACUUUUUUUUUUCCAAUGAAGGAUGAACAAUAAAACAUGUCUUUUUAUAAA